AUGGCCGGAACUCCAAACAGACUCGACGGCGCAGAGCCCAUCAAACGGCAACCUUCAUCAGGUUUAUCUAUCCUGAUCGUAGGUGGUGGUAGUGCAGGACUUGGUUUUGCGAUCGAAGCGUACCGCAAGGGUCACGACAUUCGCAUUAUCGACCGUCGACCAAACAUCGAAGACUAUGGUGAUAUUAUCGGUAUUGGGGACUCUGUUCUGCCCUCCAUGAAGCAGUGGCCCGGUUUCGCGUACAAGUAUGAUGGAAGCUACAUAGGCGUAUUGGGGGAAGGCCUGGGCAUGAGCCGAGCUGUAUUCCACCACUAUCUGCACCAGUAUGCACUGCGCCUUGGCAUCCCCAUCCGCCACGCUGCCAAAGCAGUGGACUACUUCGAGACCGACACCGAGGGCGGUUCUGUGCUCGAAAACGGGGAGCGCCUCAGUGCAGACGUCGCUGUCGCCGCAGACGGCAUCGGAUCCCGUUCGUGGCGGCUGAUAUCGGGCACCAAGGAAGAGCCGAUCAGCUCCAGCUUUGCCAUAUACCGAACUACCUUCCCACUGGAUUUGGCAAUGCAGAACCCGUUGAUCGCGGAAGGAUACCCGGGAGUUGACUCUCGCCGGUAUUUUGGCCCUGGAGCCCAUAUCGUCCUGGGGAAAACGGACAAAGACAUCAUUUGGAUGCUCACACACAAGGCAAGUCCUGACACUGGAAAAUCUUCCGAGGACUGGGCCAAGCCUGCUGACCCUAGGGAUACCCUCCCUUUCGUCGAGGGCUGGGCGCCAUGGAUCAAUGAGCUCAUCAAAGUGACUCCCUCUGACGGAGUUGUGGACUUCAAGCUCAUGUGGCGCAACCCCAGGGAGUCAUGGGUCUCCCCUAAAGCCAGGGUAGUCCAGAUUGGCGACUCAGCCCACACAUUCCUUCCCACAUCAGCCAGCGGUGCGACGAUGGCACUCGAGGAUGCGUUCUCCCUCGCGGCUUUGCUCCAUAUAAGUGGGAAGGACGAGCCCUCCCUGGCCCUGAGAGUCCAGAACAAACUGAGGUUCGAGCGUGUGACCUGCGCUCAGAAAAUGGGCUUCAGGAACAGAGAGAACUUCCAUAAUACGGACUGGGACGCUGCUGCCAAAAGCCCUGACUCGGUUCUCAAACAAGUCGACAAAUGGGUUUUUCAGCAUGACGCUGAGAAGUACGCCUACGACAAGUACGAGAAGUGUGCUGAUCAUAUUCACAAUGAGGCGCCCUUCCAGAACACGAAUACACCGCCUGGCCACACUUUCAAGCUUUGGACUGUGAGGGAGCUUUUGGAACUCGGUGAGCGUGGUGAGAAGAUUAUCGACGAUGGUGAUUGGUCCUGA